AUGGCACCGGCUACCCCAGAGACCCGGCCGGCUAUCCGAAGCAGCGAGCCAUUCCCCAACGAGUGGCGGGAUCCCUCGCAGCACCCGCUACAGGAGCAGAGCAGGUUCCAGCACACCAGGCUCCGAGAGCGAUUCGGCCUCAAGCACGGGAGCUAUUCCCCAAAUCGCGAGACGGAUCGAAGAAUACCCACUCUUGAAGCCAAGACCCGCGUCUUGGAACGCGAGGCCGACGCUCUCCGGCUGAAGAACAAGCUCCUCCUCGCCUGUCUCACACAGCAAGCCCACGUUGCCUCGACCCAAGUCCUGGAGUCAAAUAGGUCUUCCGCGGGCUCGAGUGGCGAUGCGGGCGCCGUGGAGAACCAAAGGCUCUUGGAGCAGAACGCGGCGCUUCUUGAGCAGACAAAGAAAUUACAAAGACGGAUCAAGAUUAGACGCGAAACGCCUGCGAACGACCCGGAUCUCAAGAUGCUCUUCUGCGAGGGCUGCCACGCCCGCCCACCUCAAAACACUAGAGGAGAUCAUGCCAUCCCCGAACAUGGGCCUGCCCGAGUGAAAUUUGCUGUCAUGGAGUGCUGCCGAAAGUCUCUCUGCGGUAACUGUUUCCCGGCGGCGGUAACAGCCCGAUUACAGGGGGCUAUAUGGCACGAUCUCAGCCGACCGGAUUGGGUGCCUUGUCCCGUAUUCAGCUGUGAAAAUGGCUUCUUCACCGUCACUAUCCCAAAGAUUCAAAAGAUCUACAGUACUCUAGGAAGCCAAUCGACGGAGAUGCACCUCAAAAUACUAGAGAGGGCGUGCUUCCUCCGACAGAAACUGGUAGAGGUCGCGCCGGCUUUGAAUGGUGACGCUGCCUCUGCGGCAGAAAGAUUCCACGGCAGGAUGCAUCGAUGGCGUUUCAUGGACAAUCCAUUUCUAGACCUUAUGGGCACUAAAGAUGUCGUUAUAGAAAGGCUGUCCGUGAUGUCCAGUGACGACAGCCUUGUUUCUAUCCCCGUCAUCACAUCACUAUUAAAGCGCAGCGAGACACCAAAGAACUGCGCCAUUUGCACCGAAGAUCUUUGUGAUUUGGAGAUUGGCAAUAAGCGAGCAUGGAAAAAGUGCCGACAAACAUUUGGCAGCGAUGUCGAAUGGGUUGCAUAUCCGUUCCCGUCGGAGAGCAUGAUUCCCCAGUGCGCAGCGAACCACGGCAUCACGAUAUGCCGGGGCUGUCUGAGCAAGCACAUUGAUUCCCGGAUCGAGCUCGGGGCUAGAAGUGCUGCAACUAUUGCCUGCCCGCAGCCCGGGUGCGGACACGUGUACUCUUACCAAGAGCUGAAGGCUUUGGCAAAGAGCGAGACAUUUGCCGGGUACGAAAAGGCCUGCCUUUCGGUGGCAUUGUCCAACGAACCCAACUUCCGCUGGUGCCUCCGGCCGGGAUGCAAGGCGGGUCAGAUCUACGACACGCAACCCGGGGUCUGCGAUAUGCUUUCCAAUCUCAAUCUCAAUACCGAGAACGGGGAGGUCCUCCCCAGGUCCUCCGGCAAGGCCUCGCUCGCGCGCUUCCUUCCGACGAGCUGCGCGGAGUAUGAAGCCCAGUCGCAGGGCGCCAGCGCGGAGAGCGAGACACAAUCGUGGCUCAAGCACAACACGAAAAGUGCCCGGGCCGCGGAUGCGGGUGCCGGUGGAGAAGGGCGGAGGGUGCUUUCACAUGGCAUGCGGGAACUGCGGACCGCGCUUCAAGGCGUCUAA